UCCUCAAUUCCACUUCACAAUUUUUUUCUUAUUUUUAACUUUAUUCCACAAUCAAACUUUUCCUUUUUCCAGAAAUCGGUUCCUAGAUUCCUCCCGUUUUCUCAAUCCACAAUCAUCCUUUUUAAACUCUCCAAGUUAUCAAAUAUUCUUGCUGGAGCUUUUCCACUUUCUGCAAAUUUUCUGAAAAAAGGAAACAGAGAAUCAUGCCGCGAUUUGAAGGAUCCAAGAACGGAGUUCACCACGAUUCCAAUUUCAGUUCAAACGUUGUGACAAUCGAUGUUGGCGGCCAGCUUUUCCAGACGACCAAACAAACUCUAUCUUCAGUCGGCUCCAAAUCCUUCUUCUCUAAGAUCAUUUCGGACUCCAGCGCCGCCGUCCCCUUCAUCGACAGGGACCCCGAGCUCUUCUCCCUCUUCCUCUCUCUCCUCCGCACCGGAAACCUCCCCUCCAAGGCCAAAUCCUUCGAUAUGCAGGACUUGAUCUUCGAGUCCCGCUUCUACGGCAUCGAGGAUCUCCUUAUCACCUCCCAAUCAAACCCUAACCAGUUCGACGCCUUCAACCUCGAGAAAUCCCUAAUUCUCCCGCUCAACGGCCGCGAUUCGCCCUCAGCGAUCGCCACCACGCCCUACGGCUCCCUCCACGUCGCCCACGGCAGCAAAAUCACCUCCUUCGAUUGGUCGCUGCGGCGGAAAUCCACAAUUCUCACCCAAUUCAUGGCCGUCGACUCGCUGCUAGCGCUCUCCCCCGCCCUGGCUGCCGCCGGCGCCACCGAUUUCUCCGGCCUGCAGAUUCUCGAUCUCGAUAAAGGUACAGUCACAGAAACCCUAAAUUGGGAGAAUGUGACUAGGUCAGGCUCAACCGUGCAAGCAAUUGGCGCAUCAGAUGAGCAUUUAUUCACUAGCUUCGAAUCAAGCAGGAGAAAUUCCAAUUGCAUCAUGGUGUACAGUCGCGGUGAUGAUCUCCGACCAGUUGCCACCAUCGGCCAUUACGAAAUCUUCGGUGCUGAUCUCGAUUCCGCCAUUCCUGCCACUAAAUUGCAGUGGAUAUCGAGCCAUAAUCUGCUGAUGGCAUCUGGCUCUCACAGUGGACCUUCUGGAGUCUCGGGUAACAUCAGGUUGUGGGACAUCAGGUCAGGCAAUGUAGCUUGGGAAGUGAAGGAAAAACUCGAUUGCUUCGCGGAUGUUACAGCUUCGGAUGUGCUUUCGUCGAUGUUCAAAGUCGGUGUGAGCACAGGGGAAGUGUUCAUGGCGGAUUUGAGGAAGUUGGGGGGUGAGGAGGAGCCGUGGCUCUGCCUCGGUGAUGGGAGGAAGGCGGUGAAUGGGAAGAAGGAAGGGUUAGGAUGCAAGGUGGAGAGCCAUGGGAGCCAAGUGUUCUGCAGCAAGGGAGGUGAUAUGCAACUGUGGUCUCAAGUGCUGAUUGAUUCGAGGAAAACAGAGGGCGAUGGGAGGGUUUUCAGGAAGAAUUUGAUGGGGAGAGUGAAGGAUUUGGGAGGGAAGAGGAUUGGGAACUUGUGUUUUGGAGGGAACAAAAUGUUUCUCACCAGGAAAGAUGAGCAGUGUGUUGAGGUUUGGAAUUCUGUUAAGAGUUACUGAGUUUGGAAAUGUGUACAUUGUUACUUAUUACAGAAUGGUUCAAUUCAUUUGUUACUAUAAACAUGAAAAUACCAGUAUUUUUGAAUCA